AUGCAGAGUGUGUUAGGCUAUACUGAAUGCAUUCCUAUCAAUGGAGAAGAUAUUCUGAAAGCGGUACCAAAAGGAGAACAUUGGCAAGAAAAUCUUGAUCAUUCGUGGAGUGAUGACGACGCAGAUUGGUCGGACGAUACAACAGAAUCUAUAUGCCAUCAAACAUCCCAUUCCAUGCACCAACCUCAAUCGUUAGAGACUCAUGGUAUCAACUACAACUACUGGCUCCCAAUGAAUUUAUUACGCCUCAUACCAUUCUUUGCUCCGAAUACACUAAUCUAUUCCAAAUUAAAAGAUUCUAGUGCGAUUUCUUCAAUUUUGACUGAGAACGACAGUAUUCGGGUGCAAUUAAUUCGAGCUACGGAGCCUCCUUUACAAGAUCCAAUGGAUUUAUCCGUCAAACGGCGACCACGGAAUCGACGAACGGCUUUGGCUCCAAUUGGGAGUAUUAGUGACGUCGAAGCGAUGCCUGGCCCCUCCCACUCUGUUGUGCUUGGGUUGACUAAAAUUCGAUUGACGCAGUUUCUUAGCACAAACGUGACGAAACUCGACUAUUUCGCAUCUAUGACAAUGACAGGAGAAAUGUUAAAUAUUAAUGGCAAAAUGGGCUUAGAACGCAUUCGCUACGUCGAUUCAAAGCUCCUUUCAUCAAGACACCGUUUACGAGUACACAAUGGGAUUUUCAUUCCAGAUGAAACAUUUAUUAGUGGUGAUGCCUUAACAUCCGAGUGGAUGGAUUUUUUCCGAGCUUCGACUUAUACAAAACGGUCUUCAUCGACAGUCAAUGAUAUGAAAAGCCUAACGAAUAUUGAGAUCAGUCCGUAUAACAAGGCUGAAAGUUUUCCAGAAUCUUCGCUACAUUCGAUACUCAAUAUUUCGUCAUCCAGAGCGUCGCUUCUGGAUGAAAAUGGAACAAUGGACGUGGAUUUAGAGUUAAUGAUUGAACAGGCCGAUUCAGAGCUACAAGAACAGCGUUUGCAAAAUAUGAACGCGAAUCUUAUAUCUCCUAGCAACACUCCCUCGGGCAAUGAGGAGAAUUAUCUGACGAAGCAACAGCUAUUCUGCGAUCAAAAUCAAUUUACUAAUUUGAGGGAUCCGUCAAUAAUCGUACCAUCCAAUGAUGAUUCUCCUUUUACACAACGCUCGAACUGUUCAAAUCUUGACGCUAGCGAUCCUUCAUCAAGAUCUUCAAUGGCAGCGACUCCACGAAACCGCAUGUCGCUCUGGUCGCUUGCGCUUUCUAUCAAAAAAGCGCACAACUUGCUAUCACGAGAGCGGUCGUGCUGUCGGUGGGAAUGCCACUAUACACUACUUCACCAGAGACGUUCGGCUUUGGAACGACAGCCAUUGAACUCCCAACUUUAUUCCGAGAGCGGUCAUCAGUCGAGAUCAUCAGAUGCUAUCUUGUCAAAUUUAAUUCCACAAGUGUCAUUCAGUUGUGCGCACAAAUUCUGGCUCUUCGGAACGACAAACAUGGUGCAAUCGUAUUUGCGUCAUAACUCGACGCUUAAACUUUACUUUCGUAACGAUAUGUACGCGUCAACGCGGACGCGAUCUGAAGGUGAAUUUUACGGGAGUUUCGAACUAUCAAAGCUGCUUCGGAGUCGAAAGAUUGACACAACGAUCGAUAUUUUUGCAGCACAAGACGAUUUAUUUAUCACUUCAAGAGAAGUAACACUUCCAGCUCCAUCGUUAUCACUAUCGAUUCAGCUCGCGCGAGUUCCUCUCGACAUUGAGGAAGUAUUUCAAGAGCAUCAAUUUAAAGAGAUUGGAAGUACAAGUGAAGGACUUCGAAUUCUCCGAAAAAUGCCUAUAAAUUGA